UUCCCCCUAGUAGCGAAAUAGCAAGCAGCAGCGGCAGCAGUGUGUGAAUGUGGCAAUCGAGGUAGGCAGGGAGGGGUGGAAAUACUGACCGGACCGGUGUGGUUCUGAUUUUUGGGUCCUGUUUUGCUUUAUUUUUCGUUUCUUGUACCGCCGAGCCAUUACGGUCGAUACCACGCAACGUUUAGGAACUUGUUUGCGGAGCUGCUGAGCCGGUUGACGCUUUUCUUCGGGACUAAGUGCUGUCGUUGUGAAAAUAGUCCAGAAGAAAGAAGGGAAGGCAGGAACAACAUGGGGCGAUAAUAAAAAAAUGUGUUGUGUAGCGGACCGACGAUGACUCUCUGGGAGGACCCGUGAAGCCUAUUUAUUUUUAUUUAUUACCCAUUUUUACCCCUACCCCCUGUAUCCUCUUUGUAUUAUUCCCACCUUGUUAGUUUGGGAGAUUUUUUUUAAAGGAAAAGGCAACGUUACAAGAGGACUGAAGGAUGGACCAAGCCGGCAUCCUGAGAAACUUUAUCCAGAGGGUGAAGGCCAUGAGCGAAUUGGACGAGGACAGGGCAGAGGACAACUUCGGCAGCGACUUUAUGCGGUUGCGGCGGCUAUCAACCAAGUACCGGACGGAGAAGAUCUACCCCACCAACGUAGGAGAGAGGGAAGAAAACGUGAAGAAGAACCGAUACAAAGAUAUACUGCCAUUUGACCACACUAGAGUAAAGCUGACAUUAAAAACGACCAAUCAGGACACAGAUUACAUCAAUGCAAACUUUAUUAAGGGUGUUGAUGGCCCAAAAGCCUACAUCGCAACUCAGGGUCCGCUCCCAAACACGGUCAACGACUUCUGGAGGAUGAACUGGGAGUACAAUGUCGCUGUUAUUGUAAUGGCUUGCCGAGAAUUUGAGAUGGGAAGGAAAAAAUGCGAGCGGUAUUUUCCAUCACGAGACGAGGAGCCCUUGAGUUUCGGCCCUUUCAGAAUCUCCUGCGAAUCAGAGCAGCAGAGAACAGACUACUUUAUCAGAACUUUGACGGUGCAGUAUAAUAACGAAACACGGAGGAUAUCUCAGUUCCAUUACAUCAACUGGCCCGAUCACGACGUCCCGUCGUCGUUUGACUCCAUAUUGGAUAUGAUCGGACUAAUGAGGGAAUACCAGGAGAACGAUGACGUUCCUAUUUGUGUUCACUGCAGUGCAGGUUGCGGGAGGACGGGGGCUAUUUGUGCCAUUGACUACACGUGGAAUCUCCUCAAAGCUGGGAAAAUUCCAGAGGACUUUAACGUUUUCCGGUUAAUCCAAGAGAUGAGGACGCAGCGGCAUUCUGCUGUUCAAACAAAGGAGCAGUAUGAGUUGGUUCACAGAGCGAUCGCUCAGCUUUUUGAGAAACAACUGCAGCUUCUGGAGAGCCCCACCAGCACGCAGAUACAUGAUGGCAUGAGCGAAAGCAGUCCGGACAAAACAAGCAUUCAGUCGGACGGGGAACGAUGGGACACUCCGCCGCCUAAACCUCCUCGCAUUCGCAGUUCGCAGGUGGAGGGUGACGUUAAGGAGGAGAUUCUCCAGCCCCCCGAGGCUCACCCCGUCCCCCCGAUUCUCACCCCGUCUCCCCCGUCUGCUUUCCCCACCGUCACCAACGUGCGGCAGGACAACGACCGCUACCAUCCCAAACCGGUCAUACAUGUCCUGGAUACCGCACAGCGCAGCCUGAAAGAGAACGAAGAAGCGAACAAGCAGCAGAACCGGUCCGAAUCCAGCGUCAACCAACCUGCCAGCCAAUCAGAGCCCAGAGAUCUGAAUGUACAAAGCCAGAAUCAGCAGACCCAGGUCUCGCACCUGGAUCUCAACGACAACUACAACAACAAAUCUUCGUCAACGUCGACAAAGUCCGAAUCGGGCCCCAGCCAGACUCCGACGCCCUCCUCGCCCCUGUCGCUGGUUGUCGAAUGCUGCGGCGCCCCUCGGAUCGAGAGGAAGCUCAGCAUAGAGAUCAAAAAGGUGCCGCUGCAGGAAGGACCUCGCAGCUUCGACACCUCCCCCUCCACGGGAGCCAACAAUUCGACUAAUAGUGGCUCCACACUGCAAAGGGCCCAUGCCUUCAAAGCCCGGUCCGGUCAAACCCUGCUGACGUCCAGCUCUUCUCUGUCGGAGGACUCCGGGACGGAGGGGGGGUCGGGCGGAUGCGGAGAGAGCCACUCGGACGACGGCGUCCUGACCAGACCGAACCACCUUCCCGUGACGAGUGACGGCAAGAAGAAGACGCAAGACCCGAAACUCGGCCACGCGACAUGGACGCACUCCUGCAACAGCCCCGAAAAAACGUUUCCCAAGACCUCCUCCUCCUCUUCCUCCUCGGACAGAGCCGCUCCAUCCUCCUCUUCCUCGUCCCACAUAUCCUCCUCCUCCUCCUCCUCUUCGUCCUCCUCCUCCACUCCUGUCAGGACUGCCCUGAGUUUCACCAACCCCCUGCACUCCGAUAACUCUGAAGAGGAGGGGAACGAGGAGAUGAUGUCCGAGCUGAAGGAGAGUUAUCAUAAAAACGUCUCCACGGCGACAGGCACCGUGACGACCUCGACUCACCAGGAAACCCAGCAGUCCGUCAGAAAGGUGCUGCCCAUGUCCAUCGCGCGACAGAACAUCCCAUCACCCUCUGCAAGCCCAGCAAACUGCUGGGACCCUGACGACUCUCCUCCCCCUCUCCCUGAGAGAACCCCCGAGUCCUUCAUACUGGCCACAGAUCCUCUGGAAGUGAAAACAUCAGCCUUAGCUGAAUGGAGCUGCUCACAAAAAGAUGUCUCUGAUUGUUGUGAGGCAUCGCCGGUGGUGUCCGCAUCAGACGGCGGCACAGCAGGAGUUAGCCAACUAGACCUGGGUGGGGUUCGAUAACCGCGGCAUUCAGCCCAAAGGCCCUCGAGAACCCCCUGUGAAGUGGACAUGAUGGAAGGAUCCAUCCACCAUCAGCUGCUUUCCCUGUUAGGACACGGAGUCCGGACUGGUUGGCCCAAACAAAAAAACAAAAACAAAAAAAAAAACAACAGGCUGUCACACAGGAAAAGAAAAUGAAAGACACUUUUAUUCCUGAGUUUUUGUUGACUUCUGUAGAAGCUGACAUGGGAUCUCUCUCUGUUAAACUGAUAGUGGGCUAAAAGAAGAGCCUAGUUUCUUCUUCUUCUUCUUCUUCUUCUUCUCUCUCUCUCUCUCUUUUUUUUUUUUUUUUUUUACACUAAAUGAAGCGAGAUCUAAGAGACUUUUAAACCAGUUUCAAGCCAAAUGAGAAGAAAAGCAACUUCAUCAGGAAAAGCUAGCGAGCGGGGAAGCAGAUCUCUGUCCCAGAGGUGGUUCUGCUGCGUCCCGCUGAACGAACAAUCUUCAAAGCGAACUUAGAUAAUCUCGUACUCAUGAUGCAACCUUUUCAGUUGGGUAUGCAGAGGUUGCCUGGGUACUUUCUCUGACUUCUUUUGUAUUGCUCUCUCUCUCUCUCUUUCUCUCUCUCUCUCUCUCUCUUCUUUCUGGUGCUACUUCACAUGAGAUCAGGAUGGAUACUGGAGCACUGAUGGUUUACCACCAUUCAGUAAUUCUUCAACUUUGUUGUGGUUUUUCUAUCGGGUUCCACUGUUUUCCAUUUUUAUGCCCUUUUUUUUUUUUUUUGUUGGCGUCCGUAUGCUAACAGGAUUUUGCUAAUUGCUUGAUUUUACCCUUAAAUCUGACUUUGAGUCACUAAUGUAUGAGAAUUUCCUUUCUUUCUUAUGUGCUUUAGUCUAUUUCCUACCGAGUCUGAGAAACACAGGAACAGAAAGUAUUAUAUUUUUUCCUUCGUUUUCACUGAAUCUUUCAGACCAAUCAGAUGUAGCUUGAGGCUGCAAGAUUGGCGGGGAGUUUUUAAAACGGCAGAAAAUUCACAAUAAGUCAUUUGCAAAUUUGAAAAGAUCAAUCAUUUAUUUAUUAGAGCUUGAAAUCUAAAAAGGAAAAUGUAUGUUUCUGGUUUCACUUUUCGGGCCCCCUGGUAAAGAUGUGUCAAAAGCCUAAAACUAAAUUCAUUUUUUAUUCCAGUAGCACAAUCCUACACGGAAAUCCGAUUCUUAUUUAAGAAUAUCUGCUAUUAAUUAAUAUUAGCAGAAAGACCUCUAGUUGUUUUGUACUCUUUUCAGUAUUCCCAUUGUCUGUGGAAGAGAAAUGGGCCCACAGCAUCACGGAUCCACUGCUGUACUUAACAGUAGGCACAACACGGUUUUCAGCAUCUUCAUUCUUUCACACCAAACUCACCUGGACUGAUUAAUGUGGAAAAGCUGAAUAUUGAUCCUGUCUGACCAAAAUCCUUCUGAUCACUGUUCUAGAGCUAGUAGAAACUUAGUAAAUUAUAAAAUAAUGGAAAAGUGUAAAUUAUGAAAUGCUUAAGUUGCAUUUAGUUAAUUGAAAGAGGGACCAACGAUUGUUCCAGCUGUGACUUUGUUUAAAAACAAUCUUUACUUUCGUCCCCUCGCUGAAUAAAUGUACUGACAUUACAUGCUGGACUUUUCGACGUUUCUCUGUAAGGAAUUGUUUCUCUAAUAAAAGAUGAAUAUUUUGGGUUUUUUUAUUAUUAUUAUUAUUAUUAUUAUUAUUAUUAUUAUUAUUAUUUGACCAGUUUUUCCACAUCUUCACCAGGGGUGUCAGUAGCUCUGGCCAAAAUCGUGUUACUGUUUUCGUCCUUUUCUUAAAAUAUCUCCUCACGGUAUAUCUGUGUUUCAGAGUCUGAAUGUUAGUUACACCUGAAACACUUGAAACUGGGAUUUGACAGAAAUAUUAAACCGCCAGCUGCUCCUGUCUCUCUCUCUCUCACACACACACACACACACACACAGGCUAACCUCUGUACCUGUUAGUAAUCCUAUAACACACCAGGAGCAGCUAUAAAGACCAAGGACCUUUUUUUUAUUAUUAUUUUUUAGCAACAGUGGCCAUACAGUAUAUGCAUAGUUUUUUCUGUAAAAUAAAGAGCUGUAUAGAGCAGUUUAGUUAUGUAAUGUUUCCAGUUUCUUUGUGCUAUUCGUUAAAUAUUUGCAUUAACAGAAGAUGUAAGAAGUUCAGUGCAUGAUGAUGACGAUUCCUCUCCAUAGAUAAUGUAAGUUAUUCUGAUAUCUUAUGGUGAACAUGUUCAGGGUUAAAUUUUUUGUUGUUGUUGUUUUCAGACUUUAUGGCUAACAGGUUAAGAAAUGUUUUAACUGGUGGGCAGAGCGGGAAGCACAGACCACCUACUGGGUCCUGAAUGAUAACUACAAUGGGCUCUGGAUAAGAUUGUAUUAAUAAUAAUAAUAAUAAUAUGAAUGAUGGAAAUAAUAAUUCAUUGUUUUUGUACAUGAUAUUUUGAAAGUUAUUUUUGUACACAAAGUUGUUUGCUGCGUCCCACAUGCUCGCUCAGCUUCUCCAUUUUAUAAAAUCUCCCUUUUUUUUCUCCCCGAGUUAUUUUGUGCGCAAACUUUUUUUUUUUUUUUUUUUUUUUUUUGGUCUUUCACUUGGCGUCUUAGGGUUUAAAUUUUUUCUUAAAGCUGUGAUACUUUACUGAUCGCUUCAAUUAUGCAGACGUAAGCUGUUGGCGGUUCAGAGUUACACAAAACGAAAACACGCAGACAAGAGACACGGGCUAUUUAACUGUUUGGUUUUCUCGUUUUUCUGUCGCCGCUUCACUCAUUUAUGCAAACCUCAAACUCAGAAAGGAGCCCAACUGUGCCUUUAAGUGAGAACGCCUCCCAUCCUCUCCAACCUCUCCUUCAAUCAUCAUUUAACUAAAAUGCGAGCUGAUUCGCUGCCUCCUCCUCUUGCUCCACCAUAACACAAAAACACACACCGACCCACUCCAAAUGUUUGUAUGUUGCAGAAAUCAAUCAGUAAAGAUGAACUUAAAGUAAACAUC